GUCUUAACCAUUUUAAUCCGCUAUCGAACAUGAGGAUUAUGCAUUAGGCCGAUACAGUGACUUCCAGACAGAUUGCAAUAAGAAAAAUCAGUGAAUGUAAUUCAACACGAAUUCAGCGUCAACUGAAACUGUGAAAAGUGUGCCUUGUGAUUUAGUCUGACAAGACAGGAUUUAUUGUUUUUUUUUAAAUAUUUUUUUGAGAUUGAAAAGUGCAUUUGGAUUUUGUAAAAAUGGGAGAAUUAGCGGAAUAUAGAAUGCAUCAGCACAUAGCGCAGGAGAUCUAUCGACAACAAAUCCUUCAGAGAUUACCGGAUCCAUAUCCGACCAUGUUGCCGGUCCCACCGCCUUCCAGGCAUUUUCUGCCGCCGGCAUUCACUCUGACUGGAAUCGAGGCAAAGUUGCAGAACUAUGAGCUAUGGAACAGUUUUGCCCCUCAUGGAACCGAAAUGAUCAUCACAAAGAGUGGCAGACGGAUGUUCCCUUCUGUGAGAGUGACCCUGUCUGGCCUCGAGGAGGAUGCUAGCUACUGCCUUAUGCUGGAAAUGGUUCCAAUUGGGGACUGUCGGUACAAAUUCAGUGGAUCUCAGUGGGUACCAGCUGGUGGUGCUGAACCACAGAGUCCACAGAGAAUGUACCUCCAUCCUGACAGUCCUGCCCUUGGUUCCCAUUGGAAUUCUCAGCCAGUGUCCUUCAGCAAAGUUAAACUCACCAACAAUACUUUGGAUAGUAACGGACAUAUCGUUCUCACCAGCAUGCACAAGUACAAGCCCCGUCUCCAUGUUAUCCGAACAUCAGAACCCAGCCAAAUUCCAUGGUCACCAUCGCAGGUUUUCUUCUUCCCGGACACGGACUUUGUGGCAGUAACUGCAUAUCAGAACGACCACAUAACCAAGCUGAAGAUCGACAAUAAUCCCUUCGCUAAAGGUUUUCGGGAGACCGGUCAGUCGAGGUGUAAACGCAAAACGGCUACAUUAGGUUCUGGUGGUGGCAAUGGCGCCGGAUCAUCUAUAACCCUCAAAUCAAACGUAUCUCUAAUGGCGACUUCACUAAAGUCCGCCAAGAGUGACCCAACAAUGGCUCACAGUGCAACGACGGCUGAGGAAGCAGGACGUCAUCCGCCGAAGAGGAAGCGAGCUAAUAGCUCUUCUGGGUCAGUUUCCUCCCUCGAUGACAGCGGCCUCUCAAUCUGCGGCAGCUCCAGUCGGACAAGUUCACCCUCCACCAAUACAGAAGAAGCCUCACCAGCCCGUUCGAUGGCCCCCACAGGACCAGGGUCAGAACUCGAAGCCAUGCGAGGCCUCCAAGCACCACCGGAAACCAUUUUACAGCACUACAGUGCCGCCGCGGCUGCGAGAUCCAACUGGAUUGACUUUGCUCUGUACUUCUCGAGAGUCUCAGGCCUACCACUAAACCCCUACCAACAUCCCGUACCACAUCACCCACAAGCAGCCGGCUACGAAUUACUAGGUGCCUAUGGACCUCAGUACCCACCUCUAGCCGCCGCUGCAACUCCCUUCGGCGGCAAUGUCCUGAUGCACCUGGCUGCGGCUCACAACCUGAGAUCACCUAGCAGUCCCCACUCACCCACCCACCAUGGCGCCGAUUCGGCUCGCAGCGCCAAGAGCAGCUUCACCAUCGACGCCAUUUUAGGGCGAGAGGAGCAAAACUAAUGGAGCCACUUAGGAUGAUACUCCUUUGACUGAACCGGUGCAUUUUCUU